UCCAAAAUUAAUUGGGAUUUCAUCAAUCAUUAUUUACGUUGUCAGGCUGUCCGACUUAUGCGUGAAGAAACAUAUGCUCUCAUAUUAAGUCAAGUAGUUGCUGGCCUAUUUGCGCUCAGUGCAACUUGUCUAUCGAGCUAUCAAAUAUUUCAGCAUUUGACACAUUAUGUACGACCCGAAUACCAACUUCAUAUUUGUCGUAUAUUGGGAAUGGUUCCGAUUUAUUCGAUAACGGCGUGGCUUGCACUUGUUUUGUCGAAUUCCGACGACUCUUUACUUUUGGAUGUUAUUCGUGAUAGUUAUGAAGCUUACGUCAUUUACAAUUUUCUUGUCUUACUGAUCAAUGCAGGUGGUGGAGAACGACAGCUAACUUAUUUGCUUGAACUGAAGCCCCGUAUGCGUCAUCCUUGGCCACUACAAAAAGUACUUGCGCCAAUUCAGUUGGGAGCUGAUUUCUUGUACUGGACACGAGCUGCCUGUCUACAGUUUGUUUUUGUAAAACCUGCUUCUUCCAUGAUAGCUGUAUGGUUAAAUCGACACGGUUUGCUUGGAGAGGGUAUUGACUUUUCGAAAGGGAGUGUUUAUUUGGCAUUUGUGAACAAUGUAUCUGUUUCGAUUGCACUUUAUGCAUUAAUUCUGUUUUAUUUUGCUACUGAAGAUCUUCUGAGUCCCUUUCGUCCAUUACCCAAAUUUUUAGCAGUAAAGAUGGUUGUUUUCUUUUCAUUUUGGCAAGGAUUGGCUCUGGCUUGCAUGGUUUGGUUGGGAGUUUUAAAGGAUGUGGAAGGCUUUGAUGCCAAAUCACAAGCGACAGGUUUACAAGAUCUUUUAAUUUGUAUUGAAAUGUUGGUUGCUUCUAUAUGUCAUCAUUUUGUAUUUUCAUAUGAAGAAUUCGAAGAUUAUGCACCCGAUCCCAAGCGACCUUUAUUAAGAAACUUUGGUGAUAUUGUAGAUAUAAGAGAUGUAUUAAGUGAUGCAAAGGAUACUUUAUCAGGUAGUGCAUUUGAAAGAGAACUUCGAGAAGGAGAGCCAAUUAUUCCUGGAACGGAAUCAUUCUUUUCCGAAGAUGGAUCAAACACGAGUCCAUCUUCUUCUAUUCGAAGAGUAGCUAUUCCUCGCUUUAGCUUUGAUUAGAAAUAUUUUAAUUAUUUAUUCAUCUUUUGCAGCGAAUAGAUAUGCUCGUAUUCUGGGAGGUUUUUGUAUUUCCUCAAAUGAGAUAUCCAUCAGUCCUUGUGGUGGAUCCAACCAUAUUUGUUUUCUUUCGAGGUCUACUUUAGGAACAAUAGGUCUGACAAAAGGAAUAUAAACAUGACGUCCAUC